UCGGGGUGGCCAUGGUGCUGCUGCUGCUGGUGGCCAUUCCGCUGCUGGUGCACAGCUCCCGCGGGCCGGCGCACUAUGAGAUGCUGGGUCGCUGCCGCAUGGUGUGCGACCCACACGGGCCUCGAGGCCCGGGACCCGACGGCGCGCCCUCCUCCGUGCCCCCCUUCCCUCCCGGCGCCAAGGGAGAGGUGGGCAGGCGCGGGAAGGCAGGUCUGCGAGGGCCACCGGGACCCCCAGGUCCCAGAGGGCCUCCAGGAGAGCCGGGCAGGCCAGGUCCACCAGGUCCUCCCGGCCCAGGCCCUGGCGGGGUGGCGCCCCCUGCCGGCUACGUGCCUCGCAUUGCCUUCUACGCGGGUCUGCGGCGGCCACACGAAGGUUAUGAGGUGCUGCGCUUCGACGACGUGGUGACCAACGUGGGAAACGCUUAUGAGGCGGCCAGCGGCAAGUUCACCUGCCCCAUGCCAGGUGUCUACUUCUUCGCUUACCAUGUGCUCAUGCGCGGCGGUGACGGCACCAGCAUGUGGGCCGACCUGAUGAAGAAUGGACAGGUCCGGGCCAGCGCCAUUGCUCAGGACGCGGACCAGAACUACGACUACGCCAGCAACAGCGUCAUCCUGCACCUGGAUGUGGGCGACGAAGUCUUCAUCAAGCUGGACGGCGGGAAGGUGCACGGCGGUAACACCAACAAGUACAGCACCUUCUCUGGCUUCAUCAUCUACCCGGAUUGAGCAGGGCCCCAUCCCCCGCGCCCCCGCUCGCCCUUCGCCUCCGCUCCCCUCCUCACCCACCUUCAGCCGGUCCCACCCAAGGCGCCAUCCUAUCCUUCGAGAGCCUGGCGGUGGGGCAGACCCUCCCGCUCCCGGAGGCGGCCGUGCUGGGCGGACUCUUGGCGCUCCGGGGACGCUCCGAGGUCUAAGUGGCCGGGGAGAGGAGGAAGCCGGGCUAAGGAGGAGCAGAGCGGCUCGGGAAGGGACCGCCGGCUUCGGAGUGCGCGCCUGUCAAAGCUGAUCCGAGAGGGGCGGAGGUCGGGCCCUCUCUUCUGCUAGGAGCUGGGGAACAGCUUCACCACCCGGAGCUGCAAGCAGAAAGGAAGCCCCGGCAUUUGGUGGUGGUGGUGUGUGUGCGGGGAUGGAGAGCAGAAACAGGAGCCCAUCUAGGUGGGAGGACAGGAAACGUUUGGAGGGGUCAGGCUCGUCCUCUGUCACAACUUUCUCUCCUUCCCUCAUCCCCAUUUUCAGGCUCCAGGCCCCGGUCUUGGUAGCCUUCCUGUGAACUGGAGGAAGGAGUGAAUUCUUUCCUAGCAUUUAAAACUCAUUCUGUACAGUCCCCAUUUCACCCCCAUUCCACCUAGGCCCUGGGGCUACAGCUGCUGUUGCCUCUUCCAAUAAAGCAAAGUUGGAGAA